GAACAGUUAAGAUGCCCCAUCAAGAAACACCAUUUGCACUUCAUUUUUACCCACAUCAGGAGUUGGGAUACUAUAAUUAUGGCCAUGAUCUGUUCACAUUUAUCACUGUGGCUUCCUCCCACAUUAUGCGCACCUUGCAAAGACCUAAAAAGAGUCGACCAACCAAGAGAAAAGUUAAUCAUCGCAGGUUCCUUCAAAACCAAAUUUGCAGGAAAUAUGCCGUUAUAGAAGCUGCAACACAAAAACUUGCUCACUCAAUCUUAUCUCAGGAGGCAGAAUCAGAAAAACAACUGAUAUUAUUAAACAAAACACCCUCAGUUGAAAAUGGAAUGAACUUUCCAAGGACUGUGGUAAAAAACAGUUGUUCAUGCAAUUUGAUUAAGCUCUCAGCCAAUCUUCCAAAAAUGUCUGAAGUGAAUCCUAAUGCCAACACUUUUUUGGGCAUAGCAGAAGCUUAUCUCGUUCCAGAUGGAGACUCUAGUAAUAGUGUGGGCAUAGAAACAUUGGCUUAUGUAUCAGAUGAGGUUAGUACAGUAGAGAGUAUUUUUCAUGACAUUACAACCGAAGAUGUAAUAUUAUCUCCUUGUAGUUUAUUGCGCAGUACUACUUGUUCUUUAUACGAAAUUCAGAGAUCAGAGGAAGAAACUAAUUUUAAUCAAGCUAUUUUUUUGCAGUCUGAAUUAUCAGAUUGUAAAACCAAUGCAGGUUACCGAUUUCCAAAACCUACUGAUGCAACAUCCCAACCUGAACUUCAAAUACCGAGACUUGUCAGACCAAUCCACAAUGUAAACACACAAGUUUAUUCUAACUUUGGAAGUGAUGCUGAGAUUUGUAUCACAAUUCCCCAACAUGUUAACCACAUCAAUAGGAAAGAAGACAGAAUUCCUCAGACAAAAAGGACUUAUGAUAUUAAAAGCCAAAAAACUGCUGGAUUGCCAGAGGGAAGUUCUAUGGAUGAACUAAAUGACUGCCAAGGUGGCUUUUCUGAAAUAUUAGAUGGAUCAGAUUGGUCAGUUAUUCAGGCACAAUUAGGCAUGGCUACAUUUUAUUCCCCGCUUGGAGACAUGGCUAUAGAGACCAAACAAGAUUACACACAAUGAAGACAAAAUGGAACACAAGGAUUUUAGCUGUAUAGCCACAAAGGACUGAAAUCUUGCAAGGUCUUAGGGAAAACAAAGUUGUUCAGUGUAUUAAGCUUGUGAUUUGGGCUGUAGUGAAAAUAAUUGUGUGUGACCUGGGGAUGGGAGAAUUUAGGAUUGGGUCGUUCCUUAAUCUUGUCCAACAAUUUGUAACAAUAUCUGCAAACUUAAAUGUUGUGGAAGAAUAUUGGGUAACAAUGGCAAAUAAUAAAAAGACACAUUGUUAUUUUUUGUUUUCAAUCUGCUUGCCAGUAUAUUUUCUCUUAAGAUAUGCAUAGUGUCAAUUCAAUCACUAGAACGUUUACCCAUACCAUAAU